AUGGCUCUGCACCUGUGGAUGGUCACCCUGACCUUGGCUGCCUUCCUUGCCAUGGACAGGUUUCAACAGCCCAUCUGUGAGCACAUGGCAGAGUCUCCAAAGUGUCCCCAGACACCUAAACCGAUCUGCGGCACGGAUGGGGUGACAUAUAAAAAUGAAUGCCAUCUCUGCGUGACCCGGAUAAAAACCCAAAAGGACAUCCAGAUCAGGAAGGAUGGCAAGUGCUGAGCCCAGAGGCACACUCAAGCCAUGCAACCUCGAGCUGGAGAACGCGAUGCUCCAGAGGCUAUGGUGGGAAAUAAAAGAUGCAGCCCAA